AUGCGCUACCUCAGCCUACUCGCAAUAAGCUCUCUUUUUGCCUCCCAGGCUCAAUCCGGCUGGCCCAAAGGCUGUUACGCAUCAGGGCAGCCGUGGUAUGCCGAAGAUCAAGCCCAAGCAUUCCUGCCAACCGUUUGCGACUACCUCGUCAAAUUAGGCGGCACUCCCAAUUUCAAAAACAAGGACACACGAACGGCACGCCGAACCUUCAUAGAGACGAACGUUCACGAUGACGGGCAACGCAUCCACGAUGACAACGACAUGAGAGUGUACCAGUUCAAAGUUGAGCUAGUAAAGGGGCAAGGCCAGGCUCUCAGAAAAGACGAUUGUGUCGCUGUGAUGGGACAGAUAUUCACGGCAUUCACUCUCACCACUGAGCAUGAUAUUGUAUCUGGCUGGGGUGAACACAACGAAAGCGGAAGCUUCAGGUAUUCCGUGGACCCGGACAUGAUGCAGAAGGAGAAGUCGGAUACUUGGUGCAAUAUGACCUGGAACAAAGACGGGUCUAUGGUGGUCAAACCGCUCUUGCCGCUGAGUCUUUAA